GACGGUCGUCUGUCUGUACUACUACGUUGCGGACACCUUUGGCGCGUUCAUAUCGACACUUCAUUGUGGGAUUUUCAUGUGAACGGUCGUGUGGUGUUGCGUUCUUUUUUCCUUUAGCGGUCGCCCUCUGUGUGUGUGCGCGCAUAUAUUGUUCACACGAAAACGAAAAAAUAAAACUUAAGCAAAUCAGCAAACAACAAACUGCUGAACUUAAGAAGACCAGAAAAGAAAUUGUUAGCCACAACAACAACAAUUAUAAAUAAAAAGGGACUUUCUAGACAAGCCCGUCGUGGAUGAACACUAUUGCCUCUUUUUAUUUCAGUACAUUGCUAUACGCGCGCUCAGAACUCAAUAAGAACUACUGCUGAAGAGACACAGACACAGUCGCCGUGUCGUUGCCGCCCGUCACUCACUCAGUUAGUGAGCCACCAGCUAAAAGAAGAAGAAAUAGUGUCAUUUUGUGUGUUCACACAACACCACACACACACAACACAAAUCACAACUAGAAGAAGAAUUAUAGAAAGAAUAUUUCAUCGUCGUUCGUCGUCGUGCUCGAGCGCAAAAUUCUUUCGUGAGAACUUUUUGUCGGUGUAAAAGAACAAGUCAAUGUUGUUGCUGUGCCGAUGGUAAUAAUAAUAAUAAUAAUAAAAAAAAAAUAGAAAUACUACUACAUAGUGUGUGUUCGUUCGGCUCGACCGGCCCCCGUAUGUUGUCAGACUCACAGAAAAUACAGCAAGCAACCAAAACUUAACAACAAAUCUCAAACAAGAAAUCAUUUCCUUUUCCAACACAAAACCCACAACAACACAGUGUGACCGAGGCGCGGAUAGCCCAAUGUGAAUAAAAUUUUGAAAAAAAAAAAAAGAAAUAAAUAAAAUCAAAUCAAGAGUAGAACCCUCCUCUAGUAGUGAAAAUAUUUAAAGCUCGAAUAAGAAGCAAAUGAGAAAAAGAAAUAUUACAGAUUUAUUUGAAAAAUUGCUACGCCCGGAAAGUAACAAGUAACUAAAAAAAUAAAUAAAUAAAUUCAAGUGGAAACUAUUGGAGGCUGUUUGGUGAAGUGUUUUGUGAAAAAUUAAAGGAAAAUAUUUUAAUAAAAAAAGAAAAAUUAAAAAAAAAUUAAUUUUCGUGGUCAUGCCUAGUUUGAUGACAAACAACAAACUUGAAAAUAAAAACAGCAACAAAAUAUUAAAGCGGAAAAAAAUUGUUAAAAUACUUUGACCGCCAAAUUAAGAAAAAAUAUUUUUUUUUUAUUAAAAAUAAAAUUGAAACCAGCCAAGACUCUUUGGCAGCAAGAAAUAAACAAAACAAGAAAAUCACAUAAUUUACAAAACUAUACAUCUGUAGUUUUGUGUUCCAGUAAAGAAAAGAAAAAAAAAAGAAUUGCAACAACAUCUAAGCUCGCACAUAGCAUAAAAGAAAACAAAGUGUUUACAGUUAAUUAUAACAACAGCAGCAACAAACAAAACCAGCAAAUAAAUAUAAACAAACCAAGCCAAGAGAAUAUAUAAUAAAUAACGAAGGCAAAGAAAGUUAGUAAAAGAAAAAAGGAAAGGAAACAAAAACUAAAGUGAAACACACACCGAAAAACAAAGAGAAAAAAUUAAGAAUUAAUAAAAAAUUGAAAUUCUUUUUUAUUUAACCCCAAACCAAAAUUGACCUAAAAAAAACAACAAAGUUCCCGCUUUAUUUGCUAAACACGAAGGAUUAUUUUUUUCAACUUCCUCGCAACCAGCACCGCAUCCUGACCACAACUAUAUACCUAUUCAGCAACAAAACAAAAGGAGAAGAAUAUAUAGCAGCAACACAACAUUUGGAUUAUCUAGAAAAAUAAAAAUUAUUAUUUAUUUUUUGAAUUAGCCUUAAACAAUAAGACAAAAAACAAAAGUUUAUUGAUUAAACUAUAAAAAACAAAAUACAACAAGAGGAUCUGGUAUCUUCUCAAAACCCAAUAUUUAUAUUAAAUAUAUAUACCUACUACAUACAAUAGCAUAUAACACAUCAAAAAAUAUUUUUUACAUUUUCGUCGUUACCAUUAAAAAAACAACAACAAAAACACAAGAAAACAACGGAGCUAACAAUUUGCUAAACUCUAAAAGCUACCAACACAACAUUUUAUUUAUUUGUGAUAAUUCGGAACUGCAACAACUAGACACAAUGGCCAAACUUUGCUUUCCGUAUAGCUCAUCGCCCCCAACCUAUUCUUUUAGCGAUUUUGGGCCCAUCUCCUUCCCCGAUGAAUUCUGCACUAGUGCCGAUACAUUCGAUCUGUUAGAAAGCAUGCCCUCUAUCCACAGCGAUAUACAGAAAUUUGAAUCCGAUCACUAUAACGAUACAUAUGGUGUUGCAUCGAUGGAUCUGGAUGAAAUUGAUGUCAAACCCGAAGUGUGCAAUACAGAUUUAAUGUGGUCAGCACCCAAUAGUAAGAUCUUGAGCACAUCUGCAUCUUCGGUAUCGAGUGAUAUUGUUUCGGUUGCCCCACCCUCUGCGGUUAUGGGCCAUGCACACAGACCCCUGCAACAACAGCAGCUGCAGCAGCAACAACAACACAGACCACAACCGACUGUGGUCACGGCCAAGAAAUUCAAUAGCAUGGGCGAAAUUCUACACAUCAAACAGGAGCAGGAUUUGGAACAACAUUUAGAACCCCAUAGUAUACCCAACACCAAGGUACAGUUGACAACAACAAACAUUCAAAAUAUUCCAGCCGGUACCUCAUUAUUACGUAACAACAAGAAAUUGCAACAGAAUCGCAACAACAACACAUCGUCAUCAUUACGCACGGCAUUAAACAGCACCUGCUUGUCACCGUCGUCGGUGUCGUCACUAUCCUCCCUUAACAUCAGCAAUUGCAGUAGCAAUUCCUCGUCGUCGAUCUACCAACGACCCGAUACCCCACACAGUUUGGAUGAUGAUUCUUCGGUACCAGAUUUCCGCCACAAUGUUGAUUUGGGUGCCUGCAUCGUUGGUAGCAAUAAGAUUUCCCUAACACCUGAUCAUCAUGCCAAUUUCAUCAGUAAUAUUAGCCAAGAACUGCAGGAUACCAGUAAAAAACAAAUCGAUACACGUUUGAUCAGUGGCUGUUCCCUUACCGAAGUUUUGGAUGUGAUAAAUUCGAACAUUACUGAUUUAACAACGUUAUCGACAUCGACAACAACAACAACAAAAUCAUCAGCCACAACGACGUCACCAUCAUCAACAACAACAACAAUACACAAUGGCAACAGUAGUUCGUCAACGCGUUUCUUCGACUAUGAUUCGGAUGAAGAAGACAGUACCGCAUCGAUGUCAGACCACGAAGUGGUGUUUGGUGGCGCUGCUGCCUCACCGGUCUCAAGUCAGUCAUCAAAUAUCGGCUCCUCCACACACAACUAUAUGCAGCACAGUGAUCAUAGUUAUACCCGUAGCAAGGAUGGCAUGGAUGAUAUUAGCACAAAUUUGGAGACACCUUCGGAUUCCGAAGAAGAAAUCGAUGUCGUCUCCAUCACUGAUAAAAAACUACCCACAAAUCCCUCGGACAAGGAUCGUCGUGCCCUACAAACUAAGGUCGCUCAUAAGUUCAAUGCUGCCCGUAUUGUCAAGACACCGAACGGUAUACGUACCAUACCGCCACGUCGUCGCGGUUCCUACGAAUUGCCAUACACACCGGCCAGCAAUAGUCCCGUUAAAUCGGUCAAUAAUUCACGCUUCCCCUCGCCGGCUGCCACACCCUAUCAAAAUCAAUAUACCACCAGCAGCAGCAGCAGCAGUAGCAGCAAAUAUGUGGCGGCACAACAGCAGCAACAACAAAUUGUUGUGAUGACAGAUUCCAAUAUGCUGAGUACGGGUGAUAAGUCGCGUAAACGUCUUUUGGCAAAUGGCAGUGCAGGUACCAUCAUCACCGGUGCCUCCACAAUAAUCAAUGGUGAGCUAAUGAGCGGGACUGUGUUGCCACCCAGUAAAAAGCAUCGCGGCAAGAAAACCAAACACAUGGUCUCCACCAUACAUCUGCAGCCAUCUGGGGCGGUUAGCCGCAGCAUUAGUCUCGAUGAAUCGGCCGAUACCAUUGAGAAACGUAACUUGCACAAUGACAUGGAACGCCAGCGUAGAAUCGGUUUGAAAAAUCUCUUUGAGGCGCUGAAAAAGCAAAUACCCAGCAUAAAGGACAAGGAGCGGGCGCCGAAGGUGAAUAUUUUGCGUGAGGCCGCCAAACUGUGUGAGGCCCUGACCAAAGAGGAUCAACAGCUGUGUGAAUUGAAGGCCAAGCUCAAGGAUGAGUUGAGACGGAAACAGGAGCUCUUGAAUCAACUGCGGCAACUACAAAGAGAUUGAUAAAAUCUAAUGGUAAAUUAUGAUGAUGAGAUGAAGGUGGUGAAGGCGCUGAAAAUGCUAUAGCCAACUGGUUGGUUACAGCAGCGGCAGCAGAACGAGAUGGAGGAGAAAUGUAACUUCUAUUCGUGAAACAAAGAAAAAAAGUGGUCUGUGUGGUCCAUUAUUACAAGUGAGACGUCAGGUAUCAUAACCCCCACAAGGCUGUAUAAUUUUUUUUUGUAACAAAAAAAUCUUUAAUUUUUUUAUUGUAAAAAAGAGAGUAGAUGCUAACCCUUCAUUGAGAGAGCGAGAGGAAUCAAAUCCCCAAACCUUGCGUAUGGCAUAACAUGAUUCAAAACAAAUUGACGUUUAAAAGAAAGCCUUUUGUUGUGAGAGCUUAAAGUUUAGUCACCUAUUUUGUUUUUUUAAAGAUUCCUCAACAAAAAAUUGAGGAAAUCCCAUGAAAAAUUGUGUUAUGUUUUUUUGAACAUUGAAAUUGAAUUGAAAUGUUUAUUGAGUUUUCCUUUUUAUUUCAUUUUUUAUUUUUCAAAACAAAAAUUUAACCAUAUUUUUCGUAGAUUUUAAGUUAAUUGAUUGAUGAACGUAUUUUUAUUUUAAUUUUUAGAUUUUUUCCCUCUUUAUAUAAAAACAACAACAAAAAAACUAUUUGAUAUUAGCCUGCUGCUUUUUAGAGAAAGCACAUUUAUUUUUCUCGAAAUUGACAUUGUAAAUUUUUAUUUUUAUUUUUUGAAAAAAAAAGAGAACUAUGUUUUAAUUAAUAUUACAACACAACUUUUUCCUAUUACUAUAUAACAACAACAACAACAAAUUUAUCUUUAUAUCAUAUAUUGUUUAGAAAUAUUUUUUAUUUUUGUGAUAACCAACCACCAACAACAACAACAGCGAUAGUAGAGUUGUUGUUUUAAUUCUUUAUUGUUUUUUAAAAAAAAAAAGAAAAUCGCCCAGAAGAUCUGUGAACUAUAAAGAAUAUAUUACUAUUUAACAUUUUUUAUUAUAAAUAAAAAACCAGUUGAAAGAAACAACAAAAACAACAAA